ACGCCGACGAAAUAUCCUAAUGUAAAUUUACGAAUGAAACAGAACUUCCGAUGUGUUAACGGACUCUUUACGGGUAAUAACAAGAAAAAGGAGUAACUCAUCGAAUAACCCACACUGUUUCCCAGGCUUUCAAGGCUAGAAGUGCUGGGAUGGGCUGAAAAGAAGAGGCCGCAGAGCCGCAGCCACCCAGAGAGUGACCCAGUACCGAACAAUAGACCCUGACUGUGAUCACCCAAGACAUUGACACUGCUCGGACAUAUUUGCAAUAGACCGGAUCAAUAUACACGCAAGAGCGAGAGUCAGAGCGUUUGAAGAAAUACGUUUACGAGGCAAUGGAGCCGGAGGAGUUUGUGCCACCACCUGAGUGUCCAGUGUUUGAACCAACAUGGGAGGAGUUUGCAGAUCCUCUGGGAUAUAUCGCCAAGAUCCGUCCAAUCGCAGAGAAGUCCGGAAUAUGCAAGAUUCGGCCUCCUCCUGAUUGGCAGCCACCUUUUGCUGUGGAGGUGGACAAUUUUCGCUUUACGCCACGUAUUCAGAGACUUAAUGAACUGGAGGCCGAAACGCGAGUGAAGCUGAAUUAUCUGGACAGGAUUGCCAAGUUCUGGGAGAUCCAGGGCUCCUCCCUCAAAAUUCCAAAUAUAGAGAGGCGUAUGCUUGACCUCUUCAGUUUAUCUAAGAUUGUCACAGAAGAAGGUGGAUUUGAGACAGUCAGUAAGGAACGGCGAUGGGCGCGAGUGGCACAGAAAUUGGGCUACCCCCCAGGGAAGAACAUCGGCUCCCUCCUGAGAUCUCACUACGAGAGAAUCGUUUACCCCUUCGAGAUGUUUCAGUCUGGUGCCAGCUUACCGCCAUGCAAACCAAGGCCAUACGAGAGCGAGGAGGUGGACAGGGAGUACAAGCCCCACUCCAUCCCUCUCCGUCAGUCCGUUCAGCCGUCAAAGAUGAGCAGUUACGGACGGCGAGCCAAUCGGCUUCAACCUGAGCCUGAGCCCACAGAGGAGGAUAUUGAGAAGAAUCCAGAGCUGAAAAAGCUUCAGAUUUACGGAGCAGGACCCAAGAUGAUGGGUCUUGGGCUGGUACCCAGAGACAAAGCCAGGAAGAAAGACGAGCUUCCACAAACGGUGAUUGUUCGAGACGGCACCUCAGUCAAGGACGAGCCCAGCGAGUCACGAGUAACAGAAAACAACUCUGACAUCCCCACGCCUCCCCCUAACCUCAUAGUAAAGGAGGAGGUGAAGAAGGAGGAGGGUCAGGACAGAGGUCGCGGGGAAGACGCGGAUGACCCGGACAGAGACGAGCCUUGCACAAAAAUGACCAUGAGGUUGAGACGCAACCUCAACAAUCCUCAGUUUGUGGACUCGUUUGUUUGCCGGAUGUGUGGGCGCGGCGACGAGGACGAGAAGCUGCUGCUGUGUGACGGAUGCGAUGACAACUACCACACCUUUUGUCUCAUCCCCCCCCUCACCGACCCACCCAAAGGCAACUGGCGAUGCCCCAAAUGUGUGGCGGAGGAGUGUAAGAAGCCAGCAGAGGCAUUUGGUUUUGAGCAAGCCACGCGGGAGUACACACUGCAGAGUUUUGGCGAAAUGGCGGACUCUUUUAAAGCCGACUACUUCAACAUGCCCGUUCACAUGGUGCCCACAGAGCUGGUGGAGAAAGAGUUCUGGCGUCUUGUAAGCAGUAUUGAGGAGGAUGUUACAGUUGAAUACGGAGCUGAUAUCCAUUCCAAGGAGUUUGGCAGCGGCUUCCCCGUCAAUAACGGGAAGAGGCACCUGUCAAAAGAGGAGGAGGAGUACGCUCGCAGCGGCUGGAACCUGAACGUGAUGCCCGUGUUAGAGCAGUCAGUAUUAUGCCACAUCAACGCGGACAUCUCUGGCAUGAAAGUGCCCUGGCUCUACGUGGGCAUGGUCUUCUCCGCUUUCUGCUGGCACAUUGAGGACCAUUGGAGCUACUCCAUCAACUACCUCCACUGGGGUGAGCCGAAGACGUGGUACGGGGUGCCGUCGUCAGCGGCCGAGCAUCUGGAGGAGGUGAUGAAAAAACUCACUCCUGAACUGUUUGAGUUCCAGCCAGACCUGCUUCACCAGCUCGUCACCAUAAUGAAUCCCAACAUCCUCAUGGCUCACGGAGUCCCGGUGGUACGAACCAAUCAGUGCGCUGGAGAGUUUGUCAUCACUUUCCCACGGGCCUAUCACAGCGGCUUCAAUCAGGGAUACAACUUUGCUGAAGCCGUCAACUUCUGCACUGCGGACUGGUUACCCACGGGUCGUUCCUGCAUAGAGCAUUACCGCCGGCUCCGUCGAUACUGCGUCUUCUCGCACGAGGAGCUCACCUGUAAGAUGGCCGCCUGCCCAGAGAAGCUGGACCUCAACCUGGCGGCCGCGACCCACCGCGAGAUGUUCAUCAUCGUUCAGGAGGAGAGGAAGCUACGCAAGGGACUGCUAGAGAGAGGUAUCACGGAGGCCGAGAGGGAGGCCUUCGAGCUGCUCCCCGACGACGAGAGACAGUGCGAUAAAUGCAAGACCACGUGUUUCCUGUCCGCCCUGGCCUGCUCCAACUGCACAGAACGACUCGUGUGUCUCUACCACACCCAGGACCUGUGUAGCUGCCCCACAGAGAAACUCUACCUCAGGUACCGGUAUACUCUCGACGAACUGUUAGCAAUGCUUCAUCGACUCAAGGUGCGGGCGGAGUCCUUUGACUCGUGGGCCAGUAGAGUGAAGGAGGCUUUGGAGCAAGAGGAAGGCAGCAAAAUAGGUAUUAAGGAUUUGGUGGCGUUGAAGGAGGAGGCUGCAGAGAGGAAGUUUCCGGAUAACGAGCUGCUCCAGCGCCUCAACACUGUACUCAAAGACAUUCAGCAGUGUCAGACAACCAGCGCAGAGCUCCUCAGCAGAACACAGAGCAGAUUGUCUGUUCUCAGGAGAAUGACACUCGAGGAACUCAGGACUCUUGUGGAGAAAAUGCAGAACCUGCCCUGUAUUAUGGACCAGCUAGAAGAAGUGCAAACGGUGUUACAAAAAGUGGAGGAGUUCCAGAAUCGUGCUCAGGCACUGGUGAGUGGAAGCGGAGAGGAGUGGAAGCAGGACACGCCUCCCACGGCAGAGGAGGUGCAGGCCCUGCUGGGGGAGGGCGCGGAGCUGCCCGCGGAGGCCCCGGCGUGUGAGCUGCUGCGGGGGUUGCAGGAGCAAGGGCGCUGGCUGGGCGAGGUGAGGCGGACGCUGGGUCCGCAGGGCGGGGAGGUCACGCUCGGAGUGCUCAGGAACCUGAUGGAGGCCGGAUGCAACGUGCCCCAGAGCGUCUCCGUGGAAACGGCCAUGGCCGAACUCCAGGAGCUGCUCACCAUUGCCGAGCGCUGGGAAGAGAAAGCCCAGAUCUGUCUGGAGCACAGGCAAAAGCAUCCUCUCUCCACACUGGAGGCCAUAGUUAAUGAAGCUCAGCUGAUCCCAGUACAGCUGCCAAACAUUCUGUCCCUUCAGGGCUGCCUGAGCCAAGCACGGGCCUGGGUCACCGACCUGGAGGAAAUACAGAAUGGAGAACACUACCCCUGUCUGGAUGACCUGGAGGGUCUGGUGGCCAUCGGCAGGGACCUGCCCGUGCUCAUGGAGGAGCUGAGGCAGCUGGAGCUGCAGGUGGCCAGCGCUCACUCCUGGAGGGACAAAGCCAGCAAGACCUUUCUGAAGAAGAGCAGUCAGCACAGUCUACUGGAGGUUUUGUGCCCCUGUGUGGAGAAGAGGAAGAAGAGAGAGGAGGAGUCGCUCAGCGCGGACGGAGACUCUGACGACGUUAACGUGCUGGGCCUCACCGCACAGGACCUCAGAGACCCCGGAGCCAUUGUCAUGGCCUUUAAGGAGGGUGAGCGGCAGGAGAAAGAAGCAUUACUCAGGUUGCGACAGGUCAACUUGGCCAAGCCCGGCGCGGACUCCUCACGGACCUCUGGCCGGUCGGCGUGCGUGUGCGGCGAGCCGCCCCGCCCCUUGCUGCACCGCUGCCACCUUUGCAGGGACUGGUUUCACGGGGGCUGCGUGCCCUUCCCCUCACUGCUGUCUUCUGAAGCCCCGUUAGCCAACCCGCUGUGCUGGUGGGACUGGGACACGCGCUUUCUGUGCCCGCGGUGCCAGCGCUCGCGGCGGCCGCGCCUGGAGACCAUACUGGCCCUGCUGGUAGCGCUCCAGAAACUCCCGGUGCGGCUCCCCGAGGGCGAGGCCUUGCAGUGCCUCACGGAGCGGGCCAUUAACUGGCAAGGCCGCGCCAAGCAGGCGCUGGACACGCCCGAGCUACGGGCAGCAAUACAGAGACUGCAGGAACUGAGAGAGGAGGUGCAGCAUAAGAAGGAGAAGGAGAAAGAGGAGGAGAACGUGAAGGAGAAGAAAGGGAACCGAGACGGAGUGAUAGUGGUGUCCGACUCGGAGGAAGCCGACGGAGGAGAGGAUGGCGUGAUUGACUUGACGGAGGACUCUCCGAAAAAGGCCAGUAAAAGCCCAGAGAGAAAGUCUGGCUGUGAGAACGGCAUCGACAAGCCAAGUACUCCAAAAGUUACAGGUGUGGAGUCCUUGCUGCCCUUGGUGCCGUUUCUCAAGGGCCCGGUGAUUGAGCUGUCUCAAAGCACCAGGGCUGAGCUGGAGGAUCUCCAGCUGGAGGGAGACCUGCUGGAGGUCAGCCUGGACCAGACGCAGACCAUCUACAGAGUCCUUCAGGCUGCCUCCCAACCACCCAGACAAGCUCUGCACACACUCAUACUGAUUGAGCUGCAGGAGCAGCGGAGUUCCAGCCGCAGCGGCAGGACGAAGGACGCCAAGAGGAAGAGGAAGAGCCAAAAGGCAGAGGGUGGCUCCAAGUCCCAGGAGGCCUCAGAGUCCAAAAAAACAAGGCCCCUUAAUAACACCCCCGUUCAGAUUCACCCGAAGGUGCUGUGAGGAGUGCAGUGGAUGGACAUGAGAAGACGCGGAGGGUAAUGCUGUGCUGAAUAGCUGUGUUCUGGGCCAGAGAACCACAAACACACCAGAGGAGAGAUGGUGGAAAGAUGCAGGGCACACCCUCAUUCACUUUUGAAACAAACUCCCAUGAUGCUCAACACAUACAUAUGCACACCAACACACCCAUCUAUAAAUAAACAAACACAUACACACACAUAAAGACAUAUUCCCUCUUUCAUAAAGUGUGCUCUUUCUGUCUCUCUUUCUAAGCUCUUACAUCAACACUCCUCUCUCAUCCAUCCUCGCCCUCCAGCCCUACCAUUACACUCCUUCACUCUUCUCUUUUCUCUCGCUUUUCUUAAAUCCUCCACGGCGCUCGUCACGUGCGGCCGACCGACCUCUGUCUGUUCGAGGGGCCGGUCGUUCCUCCGGUUUUUCGCGGGGGACAGAAGGCGGACUGUCUCCCCGCGGUCGGUCAGGUCUGUACCGCAGAGCUCAAAGCCUUGAUGUAAAAAAACAAAAACAAAAAAAAGGCAAGGUCAGUUUCCUGUAGAAUAGGUCUCCAGGUUAACUCCACACUCACUCACCCCACCUACCUUCGCUCACCGUCGGAGGACAAGAUAAUACACCAGGGGCAUGGCCGAAGCGCCACCUUUAUACUUGUAUUUUUUUGUAUCGAGUCUCGUGUUUGUUGAGGCUAUCAAAGGGGACUCGCGUUUUGAAUAAACUAGUAGAAUAUUUUGGGAAAUGUGAAAAAAAUAAAAUAAAAUAAAAAAUAAAACAGGCAUUUAAGUUUUUUGGUGCUAC